GACGUCAGCUGGCAAUGGGAGGUUGCGCGUGACGUGAGCGGCGGUUGGGGUGCGGCCGUUGGAGGUUGCGCGUGACGAGGGCGGGUCCGGAGCAGAGCGAGCCCGGGCAAAGAUUAUAGAGCAGAGCCCGGGUGCGAGGAGCCACUGCUGCCGGGAUGGCAGCCAUCGUCAAAGAGACACAGAGCAUAAAGCAAGCUGUGUUGUUGAUUAAUGGGCUUGAUACUACUAAAUUCCCACGAUUACUCUCUCGUAUUCUUCAGAAGCUUCACUUGAAGGAUGAACAUUCAUUUAACGAAGAAGAGAGAGAAAAACUCCAAGCAGCACUUUCUCUUGAAAAAUAUGAACUUCGCUUGGUGCUGGAAACUGUAUCUUUUAUCUUGGAACAGGCAGCCUACUACAAUGUGAAACCUACUGCUCUUCAGCAACAAUUAGAAAAUAUCCACCUGAAUCAGGAGAAGGCAGAGGCUUUUUCCCAGGCUUGGACAAAUAUGGGUCAAGAUUUCAUUGAAAAAUUGAGGCAAAAUGCUUUUGCUCCUAAAAGGCUUGAAAAAAUUGGAUGGUGUUUUAACCUCGAAAUGGGGCAGUCACUGCAAGCAAAAAUGAAGUCCCCCCAUGCUGUUCUUGAACUUGGAAUUACUAGUGAAGAUUCUGAGAAUACAGAAAACAUUUUUGUGGAGUUUAACCAUGGAGAACUUUUAGAUUUUUAUAAUAAGUUGGAAACUAUUCAAGCACAGUUGGACUCUCUUACAUGAACAAGAUGUACGCAUCCACUGGAAGCACACUUUAGUCAACUGUAAAUUUAAUAACUGAAGUUGUCAUCACAUAAUACAUGCUGCAGAAAUCAAAUGAACUAUUUCCAUCAAGUUAUGUAGCAUUGCUAUGACGUUACCACUUUUUGAUAUUUUCACUGAUCAUUUUUUUCUUGGCUUUCACAAAUUGUUACUGAAAAUUCAGUAGCACUUGAACUGAAUGCUGAUAGACCAUGAAAUGUUCUCAUUUAAUUCAGGCUCAUUGACUGCAUUUUAGUACAUGUUAAUGUUCUAACCAUGAUAUGAUUUUGAAUUUAUCCUCUGCCAGAUUAGGAUAUAUUUGAAUCAAAAAACAAAUACAAAUUAUAGCUUUAGGAAAGAUUGAGCAUCGUUUUAAUAUUGCUUUCUGAAGCUGUAUUUGACAUUCCUGAAUUUCACACUAUUAGCACAAAAACUAUUCUGUAGAAUUUCUCUUGCUAAAGUUGCCAUUGUAUCUUUUCUGUUCUUGCCACAUUUCCCAUAUUGUACAAGUAAACCAUACAACAAUUGAAAUGUGUUACAUGCCAUGCCAUUUCUUUCAUUGCCAGUUGAGUUAAAUUGUCAGAACAAUCUAUUCUGUGGACUAAAUAUUCAUAGAGUUUCAGGCUAAAGAUGAAAAGAUUGAAGUGGAAUCAUCUGCAUUAAAUGAAAUACGGAACUGUUGAUUUUUGAAUGUGGAUUUUUACUAUGCAGAUCUUUCACUGUUGUGUGAGGUAUCUUUCCGAUGCUAUACGAAAGUGGUAAAUAACUCCUACCUUUCCCUGCGAGCACGCUCACCAUGUUAUGGUCAUACAAUUGCAGUGGCAAAUGAUUUAAGGUCAUUUAGUUCAGUAUAGUUUAUUGUCACGUGUACCGAGGUACAGUGAAAAGCUUUUGUUGCACACAGCAGUUAUACUUGUGACUAAUAGCAGGUUAUGUGCACAUUCAUUCUUUGUACCCCCAACUAUAAUCUUCAAUAAAAAUGUGUUUCAUUAGAAUUGGGCAAAGAAGUUAUUAAAUAAAUGAAUACAGAAAAUCAAAA